AUGCAACCCAAGAAGCUGCCGCCUGGUGUCCAAUAUGCAAAGAUAGAGUUAAAUGAGACGUGCCCAAAAGGGACUGUCCCUGUUCUAAGAGUCGCAGACAAAGAUCUACCUAAUGAUGUAUCAAAUUUAAAUAAGUCUCAAUUUUCUUCAUUUGAUCCAUUGGAUGCUUAUAUAGAAUUUGCAGGAAUAUUUACAAAAACAACCCCAGACAAAAAGUAUCAAGCAGUUGGAGCCAAAAUGAGUGUAUGGAAUCCAUGUGUUAAAGGACCUUUCCAAUAUAGUUCAGUUGCAAUCUCAGUUGAAGCAACGUUUGGAACUGACUUCGAACAAAUACAACUUGGGUGGACUGUAAACCCAAACGUGUACGGUGAUACACGCACCCAUUGGUUUUUUCAAAUGACUAACAAAGGAGUUUCAUCAUGUCAUAAUCUUGCUUGCUUGGGGUUUGUACAAACUAAUACCAAAGUUCCAAUUGGAAGUGUUAUAGAGAAGGUCUCUGAUUUCGGUACUGCUGAUCAAGUGGUUUUGCAUUUCUCCAUGAUUUGGGAUGGAGCAGCUUCAACUAGAACUGGAAAAUGGUGGGUGUAUUUUAAUACUGAACCACAUCCAGUUGGAUAUUUUCCAGACAAACUAUUUUUUGAGUUAAAUUCUGGAGCAGACACAUUGAAAUGGGGAGGCUAUGUUUUCACUCCGCCAAGUGAUAAUGCUAGCCCUCAAAUGGGUAGUGGAGAAUUUGAUGAUGGCAUAUAUCAACGAACUGCUUACAUGACUAAUGUACAAUAUGUAGGUGCCAAUAAUCAAUUAGUUCGCUCGCCAAAUGAUAUUCAAAUUGAUGAGUCUCGUUGUUACCUUGAAGGGGAUGAAUCAUACAAAGACGACACAAUAGGAUAUACCUUUUGUUUUGGCGGAAAAGGUGGCAUACCAGAUAACUGUUAUCAUCAGUAA